AUGAAUAUAGGAUACUUCGCCUCCUCAGUUAUCUACGAGACGACUGUAGCAUCUCAGUAUCCUUUCUGUAUCCUUAUAGAGCUCAAAAGAUGUGAUGCAAGAGCUGAUCUCACUGAUUUUGUGGGCGAGAGCUCAAUUCUGCUUGUACAAGCUAAGGCGUACUCCAGAAGCGACGCGCAUUGUCCUCGCCCGGGCAAUGUGGCAAAUAUGCGAGGGCUAUCGGCUAGAGGACGAAGCCGGCCAAAGAAUUUAGUCCGCCAUCGCCAGCAACAUCCAGUGCGCUUGGCAACACUUAACGUUGGGACGCUUACUGGAAGAAGUCGUGAACUGGAAGGCAGUCUCAGAAAACGCCGUGUUGACAUAUGUUGUGUACAGGAGACUCGCUGGGAAGGCUCCAAGGCAAGGGAGUUAGGCGAUGGCUACAAGCUGAUCUACCACGGCACAUCAAAUCGCAAUGGCGUUGGUAUCAUAUUGAACGAGUCGUUUAGAAAUAGCGUCACAGCGGUGGAUCGACUAUCGGAUCGCUUGAUGGCUGUAAAAGUAGAUACAGGAGAAGUGGAAUUGCGAGUCGUCUCUGCUUAUGCGCCACAGAUGGGCUGUAGUGAAGAAGAGAAGGCGUGCUUUUGGGAAGAUCUGGAGCAGUACGUCCAAUCCCUGGAAAGCGAAGAAGUACUUUUAAUCGGAGGAGACUUCAACGGACAUGUCGGUUCUUGGAAAGACGGAUUUGAGAGUUGUCAUGGUGGAUACGGCUAUGGAGCUCGUAACGACGACGGGUUGCGAAUCCUGGAGUAUGCGGUUGCAAGUGACUUGAUCAUUGCUAACACGCAGUAUCGGAAAAGAAAAUCGCAUUUGAUCACGUACACCAGCGGCGGUCGUGAAACACAAAUAGAUUUCUGGAUGUUACGCCGACGAGAUCGCCGACUUCUGCAGGAUUCAAAAGUCAUCCUUACAGAUCAUGUCGCUGCCCAACACCAUCUGCUCGUUAUGGACUUGAAAAUCUCCCGUCCAAGGAAGAGACAUCCAAGGACUGAAACACAGCGCAUCAAAUGGUGGAAUCUGAAGGAUCGAAAGGAGGCGGCAAUUCGUAAGAAGAAGUCCAAGUAUAAGCUCUGGUGGAGGACACGUGAGCCUGAAGAUCGGGAUGUUUACCUAGCGGCGAAGAGGGAGGCUAAGAAGGCAGUCUCCAAGGCGAAGUCGGACAGCUACAAGGCUGUGUACGACAUGCUUGAUACCAGAGAAGGCGAGCGGGCAGUGUAUCGUUUAGUCGGAGCGCGUCAUCGCUCAACGUUGGAUAUGGAGCACACCAAGAUCGUUAAGGGAGCUGAUGGAGCCGUUCUGCGCCGCUCUGGUCAGAUCCUGGAGAGGUGGCGAGAGUACUACAAUCACUUGUGUAACGAAGAGUUCUGUCAUCCUCCGAUCCCAACCGUUCCCAGCGUCGAAGGUCCUGUUCUACCAAUUACUGCCGUCGGAGUCAGUGCUGCACUCGCAAAAGUGAAGUCGAACAAGGCAACCGGUCCUGAUGACAUACCUGUUGAUAUCUGGAAGCUGCUAGGAGAUCGAGGGUCCAUGUGGCUCGCAACUCUACUUAACAAGAUCGUUGCAGAAGGACGGACUCCAGACGUUUGGCAAACUUCCGUGACCGUGCCUGUCUGGAAAGGAAAAGGAGACAUUGCUGACUGCACCUCGUACAGGCCUAUACGACUGCUGUGCCAUACGAUGAAGGUUUUUUUUGUCCUCGAAGCUCGUCUGAGGAAAAUUGUUAGCGUUUCACUCAACCAGUGCGGCUUUGUGAAGGACUGCACCACUGUAGAUGCUAUCCAUGCUGUCCGAAUCCUCCUGGAGAAACAUCGAGAGAAGAACCGCAGUGUGCAUCUUGCUUUUCUCGAUCUCGAGAAAGCUUUCGACCGUGUCCCACAUGAGCUGUUAUGGAUGUCCAUGAGGUCGCAUAGAGUACCAGAAGAAUAUAUGAGGUGGACGAAGCUGCUUUAUGCGAAGCCUACCAGCGUUGUACGAUGUGCUGUUGGAACAAGCAGGCCAUUCCCUGUACGAGUAGGGGUUCAUCAGGGUUCAUCCCUCUCAUCUCUGCUGUUCAUACUGUGCAUGGACACGAUAACGAAGGAAAUCCAGAAGCAGCAUCCGUGGACUCUACUCUUUGCCGACGAUGUCAUGCUCGCGUCGGAGUCUCGAGAUGAUCUUCAGAAACAAGUGCAGUCUUGGAAGGAUCAGCUGCAGCAAUAUGGAUUGCGCCUCAACACAUCAAAAACUGAGUACAUGGAGUGCGGACCAAGGAUAGAGGAUGGUUCAAUUCGUGUUGAUGGCACCGAAUUAAACAAGGUGAACUGCUUCAAGUACCUUGGAUCCAAAGUGACUUCCACAGGCGACAUUGAUCAAGAAGGUCGAGCACGUGUUAAUGCUGCAUGGAUGAAAUGGAAAAUGGCAACAGGGGUACUGUGCGACAAGAAAGUCCCUGUUCGACUGAAGUCGAAGAUCUACAGGACGGUUGUGCGUCCUGUUGCCCUUUACGGAUGCGAGUGCUGGCCGACAACGAUAGCCUUGGAAAGAGUGCUGCACGCUAUGGAGAUGCGGAUGUUGAGGUGGACGAUAGGUGUGACGCUAAAAGAGAAAGUAUCCAACGACACUGUGCGCUCCAUCUUCGGUGUCGUCCCGAUAACUGAGAAGAUGAAGGAGGCGCGACUGAGAUGGUUUGGUCACGUAUUGCGGCGGGAGGAAGAUUCUGUUGCCAAAACCGCUCUGAAGCUCGACGUUUCAGGAGUGAGGCCGCGCGGGAGGCCAAAGAUUCGCUGGUUAGACCGUGUGAAGCUGGAUAUGAUAGAUGCACGUUUGUGUACGGCUGAUGCAAUGGAUACAACCAAAUGGAAGACAAGAAGCAGAAAAGCGGACCCUGCAACAACGCGGGACAAACGCUAG